GUCAUAUGUACACCGGUUCAUCCAGAAUAUCCAACGAUCAAGGCGAAACGAAGAACAAAAGCUGGGAGCUCUGACGCAGGACGAAAUGGUUGUAGCCGAGAGAUCGUUGUGGAUACAAGCACAAGCAGAAUCCUUCGGCCCAGAAGUACAGUUGCUGAAGAAGACGAAAGGGAGAUCAGAAGAUAUCCAUGAAGUCCUACCGAAAUCGAGCCCACUGUACAAGAUGUGUCCGUUCAUUGACGACACGGGAGUGAUGCGGAAACGAAGUCGCUUGCAAAAUGCCGACUGGAUGGCGUUUCACACUAAGUAUCCGGUGAUACUUCCUCGUCAAAAUCGCAUAUCGUUUCUUCUUGUCGAUUAUUACCACCGUCGCCUACAACACCGUAACCGCGAAACGGUAGUCAAUGAGAUGCGGCAGCUCUACGAGAUUCCACGACUAAGGUCAGUGGUAUUUGAGGUCGCGGAUUCCUGUAUGACUUGCCGAAUUCGCAGAGCUGUUCCUAAUCCCCCGCCUAUGGCACCGCUACCCAAGGUUCGUGUCACGCCCUAUGUCCGACCGUUUACAUUCGUGGGUGUCGACUACUUUGGUCCAGUGUUAGUGAAAGUUGGGCGCAGCAACGUUAAGCGGUGGAUUGCACUUUUCACUUGCUUGACGAUUCGCGCGGUGCACCUUGAAGUUGUUCACAGUAUGUCCAAGGAAUCAUGCGUAAUGGCAGUGAGAAGGUUCGUGUCGCGACGUGGAGCACCGGUGGAAAUAUUCAGUGACAAUGGCACUAACUUUCUUGGCGCAAGUAAUCAACUGAAGCGAGAAGCUGAAGAGCUGGUUCAUCACCUAGCGUCUACAUUUACGAACACCACGACCCGUUGGUCGUUCAACCCGCCUGGAGCUCCUCACAUGGGAGGAGCUUGGGAAAGAAUGGUUCGAUCGGUAAAGGUCUCAAUCGAAGGUAUACUGGAGAAUCAGAGACGACCGGACGAUGAGAUUUUGGAAACAGUGGUGAUCGAGGCAGAGGCUAUGAUUAAUUCGCGGCCGUUGACCUACAUACCGCUCGAGUCUGCUGAACAGGAAUCCCUAACUCCGAAUCACUUCUUACUGGGAAGCUCUAGCGGAGUGAAACAAAAGCCAGUGCUACCUACAGAAUAUCACGCUACGCUAAGAAACGGUUGGAAACUCGCCCAGUACCUGUCGGAUGGGAUUUGGAGGAGAUGGAUCAGGGAGUAUUUGCCAGUGAUAUCCAGACGGUCGAAGUGGUUCGAAGAAGUGAAAGAGGUAGCUGAAGGAGAUCUAGUACUGAUCGUCGAUGGAGCGGUACGGAAUCAGUGGAUAAGGGGUAUAAUAGAGAAAGUGGUACAAGGCAGAGAUGGUCGAGUGCGGCAAGCAUGGGUGCGAACAGCGAAUGGUUUAUUACGGAGACCAGCAGUGAAGUUGGCGUUACUCGACGUCGUAGAUGGAGGUAAACCGGAAGCUGACAACGACCAGGAUAGUUUACGGGUGGGGGGAUGUGACGACGAGAACCCCUCAGCGCGGAACGGAUGAAAAUUUCCACAGGGCGGCUACAAACCAGGUGCACGCACCUGAAAUGUCAGAUACCACAAACUGACAUAACGUGAAUAUGGAAGUUUGUCAGUGACGAUUACGUGGCAAAUUGUGGUAAAGUAUCUACAGAAGAGGACUGAAAAAGAAAUCUCGCUAUUUUACCCAAAGUAUUCGGAAGGUGCUAGUUUGCCUAAAUUAUCUUAACUGAAUUUAAAACUACCUAAAACUACACGAAUACAUACUACAAACUAUUUUCAUUAAAACUAGAGGAAUAGCAAGGAGAUACUGUUAAAAUUGUAAGUAAAAUCUAUUAACCUAAUGAAUUAAAAACUUAAAAAAUAAAUUAUUUACAGCUAAAGCUGUCCCAAGCAACCUCGAGUUUUUCUAAGGGACUGCUAAAAGAAAACAGUGGCAACAACGAGAA